AUGUUCCUUUCACGUUCUUUUAUCAGGAUGGAUACCAAUGGGACCCAGUUUCAAAAUUUGAAUUCGUUGAAAACCUUUGCGGAGUUUUUAACUGCUUCGAUCGGUGCUGAUCCCAUUCUUGGACUCCAACAAUUGGCUGACUUGCGUACUAUGCUGGUGGUGAAUGAACCGGGCACCAGCCUGCUGCUGAAAAUCUUCCAUCACGAGACCAUCGACGCGGUGCUUCUGCUCAAUUUAGAUCGAUGAUCUAGCUCCCAUCAAAGAUUCUAGUAAACUUUUUCAUCUCGAACGUCUUCUCUUAUACUUGAAUAUAUCCAAAUCAGGGAGAGACUUAGGGGAUUUAUCUUCUUGCAGUUUUCCGGUCUUAUACUUUCCAAAAAAACAACCAGAUGCUGGAUGCUGGCACUCAGGGAAUCCGCGAGUCUCGCCUGAAGGAUUCCCGUGUCGCGAUGGAGACUGGAGAGGCUGCGUGCGCUCUUGCUCCUCUGGAAAUGCAUGAGGCGCUCCCCUCCGGUGGUGUGGCCUUGUUGCUUGAGCUGAUGACCAUCUGUGUCGCGCAGCUGUUCGGUGGUGAUUUGAAACGCAACCCGUGCCUGAUUGUGAACGCGCAGGUCUUGCAGUACUUCAACCACCUGGCUACACACAUGAGCCUCACGAUUGCCGACCCC